UCUCUUGCUAAGCGUGUCAUCAGCAAAGUCCCGUAAAAGCCGGUGGCGUGGGUCCUCAGUUUUACUCACCCGUCAAAAGUUGUCCACAACAAAAUAAGAAUGACGGAACGGAAAGGUACAGCAAAGCUCGACUUCUUGCGGAAGAUUGAGGAGGAGGUCCAGCAGAAAUGGGAAAAGGAAAAGUUGUUCCAGUGUGAGGCACCGACGAACACCGAGGAUGGUAAGAACAAGUACUUUGUUACCUUCCCCUAUCCGUACAUGAAUGGGAGGCUUCAUCUUGGUCACACAUUCUGCCUUUCUAAGUGUGAGUUUGCAAUGGGGUAUCAGCGUUUGAAGGGAAAACGUUGCCUUUUCCCAUUUGGACUGCAUUGCACUGGAAUGCCCAUCAAAGCUUGUGCAGAUAAGUUAAAGCGAGAGAUGGAGCUUUAUGGCAACCCACCCGAGUUCCCAGAUGAAGAGGACGAGGAAACUGAAGAUAAGUCGAAGACAAAUGAUGAGAUCAUAAUCAAGGACAAGGCAAAGGGGAAGAAGAGUAAAGCAGCUGCAAAGGCCGGUGGUUCCAAGUUCCAGUGGGACAUCAUGAAAUCUUUGGGGCUGAGGGAUGAGGAGAUUGUGAAAUUUGCCCAUGCGGAGCACUGGCUGGACUACUUCCCCCCAAUAGCAGUGAAAGACCUGAAGAGCAUGGGUGUGAAGGUGGACUGGCGUCGGUCCUUCAUCACAACCGAUGUAAACCCUUUCUAUGACUCCUUUGUGAGGUGGCAGUUUGUCACUCUGAAAGAGAGGAAAAAGAUCAAGUUUGGGAAAAGGUAUACGAUUUAUUCUCCAAAGGAUGGACAGCCCUGUAUGGACCAUGACAGGCAGACUGGAGAGGGAGUUGGCCCUCAAGAGUACACCCUUAUCAAAAUGAAGAUGAUUGAACCCUACCCAGCAAAACUAAGUGCCCUAAAAGGCAAGAGUGUGUUCCUGGUGGCAGCAACCCUGAGGCCGGAGACCAUGUUCGGGCAGACCAACUGCUGGAUCAGACCUGACAUGAAGUACAUUGCCUUCGAGACUGCCAGCAGUGACGUGUUCAUCUGCACACAGAGGGCGGCCAGGAACAUGGCGUACCAGGGCUUCACCAAGGAGAACGGCGUGGUGCCUGUCAUCAUACAAAUCAUGGGCCAGGACAUUCUUGGCUGCGCCUUGAGUGCCCCUCUCACCUUCUACAAAACCAUCUACGCCCUGCCAAUGCUUACCAUCAAAGAAGACAAAGGCACGGGAGUGGUCACCAGCGUCCCGUCUGAUGCUCCUGAUGACAUUGCUGCGCUAAGAGACAUCAAAAAGAAACAGGCCCUGAGAGAGAAAUAUGGAAUCGCUGAUCACAUGGUCCUCCCGUUUGAACCAGUGUCCAUCAUUGAGAUCCCAGGCUAUGGGAACUUGUCAGCUCCACUGGUUUGUGACCAGCUGAAGAUCCAGAGCCAGAAUGACCGGGAGAAGCUGGCCGAGGCCAAAGAGCUGGUCUACCUCAAAGGUUUCUAUGAAGGGAUUAUGCUGGUUGAAGAGUUUAAGGGAAAAAGGGUCCAGGAUGUGAAGAAGCCCAUUCAGAAGAUGAUGGUUGACAAGGAUGAAGCUAUGAUUUACAUGGAACCAGAGAAGCAAGUGAUGUCUCGCUCGGCAGAUGAGUGUGUAGUGGCCCUGUGUGACCAGUGGUACCUGGAUUACGGGGACAAAGCGUGGAAGCAGCAGGCCAUGAACGCCUUGGAGCCUAUGGAGACGUUCUGCGAUGAGACCAGGAAGAACUUUGAGGCGACACUAGCCUGGCUUCAGGAGCAUGCAUGCUCCAGAACAUAUGGUCUAGGAACACGGUUGCCAUGGGAUGAGCAGUGGCUGAUCGAGUCCCUGUCAGACUCCACCAUCUACAUGGCCUAUUACACCGUGGCCCACCUGCUCCAGGGUGGUACUCUCAGCGGGCAGGGCCCGUCUCCCCUGGGGAUCAGACCGGAGCAAAUGAGCAGGGAGGUGUGGGACUUCAUUUUCUUCAAAACGGCACCCUUCCCCAAGACGGACAUCCCCAAGGAGCACCUGCUCGCCAUGAGGAGGGAGUUUGAGUACUGGUACCCUGUGGAUGCCCGUAUCUCUGGGAAAGACCUGGUGCCUAACCAUCUCUCCUACUACCUCUACAACCAUGUGGCUAUGUGGCCUAACGACAGUGGAAAGUGGCCCAAGGCAGUUCGUGCUAAUGGACACCUCUUGUUAAAUUCUGAAAAGAUGUCCAAAUCCACUGGCAACUUCCUCACCCUGAGUCAAGCCAUUGCUAAGUUCUCUGCAGAUGGUAUGCGCUUGGCCCUGGCCGACGCUGGAGACACAGUGGAGGACGCCAACUUUGUGGAAGCCAUGGCUGAUGCUGGCAUCCUACGCCUCUACACCUGGGUGGAGUGGGUCAAGGAGAUGAUCGCCAACCAAAACAGCCUGAGGACCGGGCCUCCAGACACCUUCAACGACCGGGUGUUCGCUAGUGAAAUGAACUCGGGUAUCAUGAAGACUGAGCAGCACUAUGAGAGGAUGAUGUACAAAGAGGCACUAAAGAGUGGAUUUUUUGAGUUCCAGGCAGCAAAAGAUAAAUACAGAGAGCUGGCCAUCGAGGGCAUGCACCGAGACCUGGUGUUCCAGUUUAUUGAGAAGCAGACCCUGCUGCUGGCGCCCAUCUGCCCCCAUCUGUGUGAAUACACUUGGGCCCUACUGGGGAAGAGUGAUUCGCUGAUGAAGGCUAGCUGGCCUGUGGCUGGCCCAGUAGACGAGGUUCUGAUCCGAUCUUCACAGUACCUGAUGGAGACCGCCCAUGACCUUCGUUUGCGCCUCAAAGCCUACAUGCAGCCUCCUAAGAACAAGAAAGGAUACAGUAAACCUCCAGCCAGACCCACUCACUGCACUGUCUACGUGGCAAAGAGCUACCCACCCUGGCAGCACAGCGCCCUCUCUGUCCUGGGUAGACACUACAAGAGCAACAGCGGAGCCCUGCCUGACAACAAGGUCAUCGCCAUGGAGCUGGGUGUCAUGCCGGAGCUGAAAAAGCACAUGAAGCGGGUGAUGCCGUUUGUGGCCAUGAUUAAGGACAACCUGGAGAAGACGGGACCUAGGGUGUUAGAGCUGGAGCUGGAGUUUGAUGAGCGAGCAGUUCUGCUGGAGAACAUUGUUUACCUGACGAACUCCCUCGAGCUGGAUCAGAUAGAUGUGCUGUUCACCUCCGAGGCUGAUGACAAAGUGAAGGAGGACUGUUGCCCAGGGAAACCAUUCAGUGUUUUCAGAUCAGAGCCUGGAGUGUCCGUAUCCCUGCUGAACCCUCAGCCAUCCAAUGGACUCUUCUCCACCCGGAUCGACAUCCGGCAGGGAGACAGCAAGGAUAGUAUAAUCCGCAGGCUUGCUAGAGCCAACAGAGGUAUCAAGGACUUAUCCAGAGUGAAGCUCAUGCGCUUCGAGGACCCGGCGCUUGGCCCCCGCAGAAUCCCCGUGCUGGGGAGAGAAGAGCAGGGCAAGCUCACCCUCUCGGACAAGUCCACCUUCCACGUCGACCUGGACGAGAGGACGGUGCACGUGAGCGACAACGGCCUGAGGGCGGACAUCGGAGACACUCUGGUCUACAUAAUCCAAUGAGACUCGGGAAUCUUCAUGAGGAAAAGCUGCCACCACAGUUUCUACAAGUUCUGAAAUGGCCUUGGUGGCAUUAUAUGGUGUUUGGCCAUGACCCAAGAUGCUAAUGCUAAAAUAGCCUGGCACUAACAGAACAUCUGCAGAAGAUCUCCUUCCAUGUUAUCAGUAAGAUCAGAUUAGGGGGCUGUCAGUGCAGUGAAGCAGCAGGCAGGCCACUCUUUGAUUGUAUUGAUGAUGACUGCUUAGUUCAACAGUAAUGACUAUUCGGCCCUUAUCUUUAUCAUUGCUGUCAUUUACAUUUAGGCAUGUGGUAGUUACAUAGCUUUUAUGUUUGCGGGCUUCACCAUCACAUCUCUAAUUGCAGACAUUGUCUAUUUUUUCAGCCCUACUUUUGUACGAUCAUAAAAACGCUGAGCGAUUUAAAAAAAAAAAAAAACUUUUUUUUUUUUUGAGUUCUGUAUGGAUUGGACCUGUCAGCUGCCUAUUAUAUAAGCACCAUUUUUGUGACAAUUUCGGAUUUCUUGCUUCCCACUGUGAAAAAAAAAACCCUCCCCCCCUCUCUGCUAUUUCCUAGGCACUAUUGUUUCUAAUUGAAUCUCAUGUAGACUAUGAAUGGAAAAUUAAUAAAAUGGAAGAAUCCUCAGGUGACA